AUGGAGUACAACGGCGCCACGCCUCCGAUGCCUCACCUGCGGCUCCCAGACGACUAUAUAUACAACCCGCUCUUUUUUGUACCCCACUCGAAGUCCACACCCGAGCGCGGUAUCGGUGAGGACAAUGUUAGGGCGUCUCCACACCCUCGAUCACACGCAGUGUUGCCCUGCACCACCUACCUGCAUCGUCCACUGCGUUUUGCGCCACCAUUGUCGCCCGCGAGGCCAGUGCACAGCCACCGCCCCCGGUCUGGCAGCAGGAAGACCGGACCCCCGCACAGGUCACCUCAUUCUUUCCCUGCAGCCGCCUCAGCGCCUGGUCAGAGGGACUCUUCGUCAGUGGAAGUGGCGAACGCUUCGUUGUUGGAACUCACUCCUAUGCUGGCGCAGGGAGUGAGGGUACAACAGCGGCACUUGGCUGUCGAUCACACCGCGGGGCAUUCGGUGACGGCACCGUCGCAGGACGUUACAGUGGACACGACGACUGUCAACUUUCACACCUCCAUUCAGCGGCGUACCCGCGCCACGCGGCUGCGUAUCGAUUACGUUCACCACUGCAUAGAAGAGCGCGACAAGGCGGCGCAGAACAUCUUCUUUCGACCGAAGGGACAGUCACUGCCAACGUCCGCGCUGAACAGCCCACGUGGACAGCACCGCACUGCUUCAGUUUCCGCACCGUGCAGCACCCCCCUCACGCCAACGAGCCAGCACGGUAGUAGCGCGGCGUCUUUGCAAACGCCGCGGUCCACCAAAGCCGCGCAUCUCCGGCAACAGGCCGCGACUCAGCGAAUAGAGGAGGCCGAGAAGUGGAAGUUGGAGAAAGGCGCGGAAGAGGGCUUGGCGCAAGCAGCAAUCGAGUCAGCUUCACGCCAACCAUUGGUGUCACUGAAGGCUGGAGCUCCAAUGAGCUCAUCCUCGAAGGCUCUCUCAGUGGAGCGCAAUGGCAGCGCUCUCGGUGAGGCUGCUGCGACUUCUUCCAACGGUGCUUAUCCGUCGCAUCAUACACCGCGUAGCCGCACCUCACACACCGGGUCAUCCGCUGACACUAUCGUCAGUGCAAGGGAGAGGGUGAAGACGGCAAAGAGGAGUUCUUCCACGCAUUCUGCGCCGAGAGAGGAGUGGCGAGCUGCCGUCUUGACCUACUUUGAUGACCGAGAGAAAGCUCUAGACCAGCAGCAGAACGUUGCUGAAGCGACGUACGGGGCAUCCGAAGAGGUCGUACUCGAUGCCCGUGUGUCGUUAGCCAGUGCGAAAGACCUCCCUUGCAAACCAAGCGAUGAGGCACUCACGGUUCUCCGCGGAGAGUCGACCAGUGUGAAGCCCAAUGAGUCGAUAGCGGUGAGACUGCCGCCUACCGCAUGUAGCGAUAACAAGCGCAUGCCGCCUCACCACCAUUGCAGCGGCCGCUCACAUACCGCCCAGUGCGAUGCAGGUAGCCCUUCACCUGUGGCUCUUCGCGACGUGCGCGGCACUGGCAGCGCACCGGCGGUCCAGAUGACAGAGGCAAAAAUGACUCCGAGGGAGGAUGUUCAACUGGCGCAGCGUGCGGCCUCGCCAAAAUCGUCGUAUCAGUGGGAAGGCGACGCCACCUCGUCUUCCUCCAUGCCAUCCAUAGUGUUCACGUUGUCGUCUACCCCUCGAGAGGACAUCGCAGGCGAAGAGCUGCUGAGGGUUCGGCAGGACAGACCGCAGGUCCCCGCUCAGGGAAGUGGGGCUCUCGAAAGUUGUGACAGCGCACUGCUGCUUCGGGGCCCUCGCCGAGGGAGCGAGGAGCAUUCACCGAGCACCUUGGGAUUUCGAGCACCUACGGCUGCUGCACCUUCUUCUGGCGAGCGAGGCGCGGGGUUGCCUCCGGUUGCGUUGUCAGCCCUCUCCUGCUUGCCUUCACCAAUGCACGCUGGGGCGUCUGUCUUGUCUGACGAGGCGCGGAUGCCCGCUGCUGCUGCCUCCGAUCCUAACGAGGGAAAGACCGAAAUUUGCUGUGCCGGGAGGGAGACCAAAAGGACUUGGCCCCUCACCGGGGCGAACAAUUUUCCCGGCCUGCGACCAACUCUUGAAAAACCGCCCAAGGGCAACUCCAAAAGUCUUCCGUACCCUCCAAACCCGGAAAUGUUAAAAAACCUGUGCGUUUCCCCGGUUAGGGGCUGCGUACCC